AUGGCCAAUGGAGACCAUGGACCUUCCAGCUUAAAGGAACCGACAGGAUAUAGACUUUCUGCAGAUAUGCCAACGAAAGGAAAUUUUGAAUUAACAGCUGUAGGACCCGGAGAUGGAUUCAAAGGAAUUUUGGUUUACGUUUUGAAUGCAAAGAAUGAGAGAAUAGGAGAAUUCACAAAUUUGCCCGCAACUAUGCAAUUGAAAUCCGAUUGUAAAGGAUCAACCGUUACUCAUAAAACUAAAGAUAAUAAAAAUUUUCCAUUUAAAUUAAAUUGGAAAGCUCCUCAGGGAACAAGCGGUAAUUUAACGAUUAAAUCUUUGAUCGUAAAAGAUUUCAAAAAUUGGGCCAGGUUAGAAGAUAUUGAGUUUGAUCCUGUUACUGGAGCUUCAAGCGUUUCUCCUGACAUUAAUGAAGUUACGGCUGGACAACCCUCUAAACCAUCUAAACAUUUCGUUGAAAAAUACACGUUAUUCAUAGUUAUGAUUGCUAUCACCACUCUUUUGUAUAUUGUAGGAAGCGUUAUCGAAGCUUUGUUGAAAAGGCAACAAGUUAAAUCUAGAUCUUUCGCUAAAACUGUUGGUGGUUUUGGUAAUGCAAAAUAA